AUGGACAUCCACCGUUGUCGUUUUGUUGACUACACGCCACAUACUAUAACUUCCCUAGCAUUUUCAUGUCCAUCAUCACCAGAACAACUGGCGCCAUCUGACUUGCGUUUGGCAGUGGGGAGAAGCAAUGGAGAUAUUGAAAUAUGGAAUCCGAGACACAACUGGAUUCAUGAGUUGACAUUGUCUGGAUCAAAGGGGAGAUCUAUCGAAGGUUUGGUAUGGAGCAACUCAGACACCUCGAACAAUGGAAAUGAACCCAGUCGAUUGUUUUCCAUUGGUGGGUCAACUUAUAUCACUGAAUGGGAUUUGAAGACGGGACGGCCCUUGGUGAAUUACGAUUGUAAUGCCGGUACCAUUUGGUCGAUCGAUGUGAAUUCUACAGGAGAUAAGUUGGCUGUAGGCUGCGAUGACGGUUCUGUUGUUGUAGUAGACAUAUCUGGCGGUGUUGGGUCAUUAGAAUAUGAUGUCAUUUGCCAGAGACAAGAUGCAAGAGUGUUGAGCAUGCAAUGGAAUGGAAAUGAGCAGAUUAUUGGAGGAUGUGCCGACGGAAGAAUAAGGGUGUGGAGUUAUGGCAAGGACACCAAGGGUAGAAUCUUGAGUACAAUGAGAGUUGACAAAUCCAAAACUGAGAGUACAUUGGUGUGGACCUUGAACGUGUUGCCAAAGAAGAAUCAACUUGUAAGUGGUGACUCAACAGGACAUAUUAAAAUAUGGGACUUGAAAUUCUUUUCAUUGAUGCAAAGCUUUAAAAUUCACGAUGCUGAUGUACUUUGCAUCGCGAGUGAUGCGAAAGAAGAGCGGUUCUUCUCGGCUGGUAUCGAUAGAAAAAUCCAUCAGUAUGAUUUGUUGUCUAGCAAAUCCAGUUCUAAAUGGGUGCAUAGCUUCAAUCGUUUGUUACAUUCAAAUGAUAUCAGAUCAAUGGCGAUAAUGGAGAGCAAAAGCUUUAAAGUUUUAGUCAGUGGUGGAGUUGAAAAGGCAAUUACAAUACAGCCCAUUGAGAAUUUCCAAGACUCUAAAUACAAGAAGUUGUUGGUGAAUCAACAAAUCAGCAAUGUUUUGGUAGUACCCGAGCAAAAGCUUGUAAUUCUAUAUCAAGAUCAAAUUGUUAAAAUAUGGAAGAUAUUGAGUAACGGAAAGCAUAAAUUGAUUUCGAAAUUGAUCCUAUCCGAUGAUGAGAACAUUACAAGUGUUGAUUUCAGGGGCAACUUGUUAGCAGUUGCCAAGAUGACUUCAGUCAAGAUUUACGAUUUGGACGCAGUUGACAUUGAGAAUGAUAAAUAUAUGAUUAAUAAAAUCAGAGAUGAGAAUUUUGAUUCGAUGGUAUCAGGAGCAAAGAAAGUCAAAUUUGUAACCGAUUCAAAUUUGCUCAUAUUGACUCCUGACGAAGAGUUGUAUCAGUUUGCCAUUGAUGCUGAAAAUAGUCAAAUAUCCCUCGAGGACCAAGUCGAAUUACUAGACAACGAUUCAUCAUCAUCAUCAUCUUCCAAUGUAUCGUACAGUGACAACAUUAAAAAUCUUGUCCUCACACCCAAUCACAAAAGCAUAGUCAUAUCAAGGUUUAAUGGAGCUAUAGAGGUGUACCCAUUAAACGGUGGUGGUGGUGAUCCUUUUACCCUUACAAAAUUGUCAAAUUCGGCAUCGUGUCCCCACUUGAUAACAUGUCGAAAUGACGACCAACUUUUAGUCUUAACAAAUGACAACAAGAUACUAGAAUUCAACUUGUUCAAUCGCGAUCAAUUAUUAACCUCUUGGUCAAAACGCAAUAGUGAAUUUUUACCACGACAAUUCACAUCUCUUGAUGACAAACCUGAAGGAAUGUUUGUUAAAGACGAGAAAUUGUGGGUAUAUGGAACGUCAUGGAUGUGUUAUUUUGACUUGACUAAAAACAUCCCAAUUAGCAAAUUGUACAAGAAUAUAAGCGCCGGUAAAAAGAGGAAACGUGAUGGGAUGUUAAGUCUUGAUGAUGAUGUAGACAUUAAUGGUGACGUUGUCCAAUUGGAGUCGAGCUUGAAGCAGAGUGAGAUUGGCAAACUCAAGAAACAGAUUAAAGAAGAAGAGGAGGAUGGAAACGAUGGUGAAGCUGCUGACGAAGGUGAUGGCGAAGAUGACGUCCACAUGCAAGAGGGCGAGUCCAGAGUAUUUUCAUUGACGGAAAAGUAUAGACCAAUCAUGCAAGUUGCCGAGUUUGGACCUCAUGAGUUGUUAAUUGUUGAAAGACCAUACUUUGCAUUGCCAACUACACCUGCUUUCAACUUGCCAAAAUUGAGGAUAUAA